AUGACUGUCGUCAAGCCAGUUGCGGAGCCUUCAAUCAACGCCCCUAACACUGUCGUCAAGUCGGUCGUAGAAUCUUCAAUCGAUACCCCUGUUGCCGUCGUCAAACCAGACCCUGUGGUGCGCAAAGCCCGUAGAAGCAGAGCUGCGCGCGGAUCCAUGAGCAACGAGCUUGUAACAAGCAUCAAUGAUUCCUUUUCGCACGAGACCCGUGUCACCUCCUCCCGCUCUGGAACACCAAAGGGCAAGGCUGCUGACGAGACUUGGCUCACAGUUCAGAGCCGUGCUCCUGUACACUUCCCUGCCGAGUAUCAUGGUUUGCUGACGUCUCUGUCCCAAGUUCAAUCAAUCAAGCCACCCAAUUGGCUGGAGAUUGGCGUGGAGGCUGAAGGGAUUGACCAGCUGCCAGAACCGGACAGGAUUAUUGCUGCAGCCAUGAGCUGGAACGCCGAGGACUACGCUCAAACAAAGUGUACGUUCUUCAAUCAGUACGACCCGGCAAUGCGCGACCGCAAUCACUGGCGCAACACGCUCAAGUUCGGAGGCAGCAAAUCGAAAGAGAAGGCCGAGAGACUCCUGGCUAUGUGGGAAAGUUUAGGAUGGUUGGAAGAUCCAGAAGCGACCCCCAACAACGCACCGGAGCAUCGCAAAGUUUCGGUCGCGCCCAACCCCCGGAAACGUACCUCAUUUGGUCCCAGAAAGGCCUGGUCUGCAGAUGAAAUUGAUGCUGUGACCGAGAUCAUGAGCGACAUUGACAAGUCGAGCGCCAACUUGGGCGUAGUCGAGCGCGCCAGAAUGUGUAAUUUGACUGAAGUUAGAGGCAAGAAGGCCAACUCAUGGUCUUCCCAGGAAGAGGAAGCUAUGCUGGAAAUCAUGGACAACCUCGAAAAACACCCAGCUCACGAACACAUGACCAUCAAACAGCGUGCCGAGAUGUGUCAGCUGCGUCUGAAGACCCUCUUUGGAACCGAUCGCACGUCUGUGGCCGUCAAGGUCCGAUACAACCUAAUCCGACGUAACAAAGAGGCUGACCAGAUGGACGACAACAACAACAACACUAAUGCCUCCGCCAAUGACUCUGUUAUGAAUGGGGUUGUUCCCGUUAUCCUAAGGACCCCUCUUACUGGUGAUUCCGAUAUCAAGAUUCCUCUUGCUGGUGAUUCUACUAUCAAGAUUCCUCUUGUCAGAGACCCUGUCAUCAAAGACUUUACACCAAUCAACCAUGCUGUCAGAAACGAUCUCAUUGACAGCGCUGAUCCCAAUGCGAGCAGCGUUGUGAGCAAGAUUCGUUGGAACGAUAAAGAGGACAAAGCCUUGCUCGAAGUUUUCAAGGAGAUUGAGCAAGAUUCAGGUGUGUCAACUGAACGCGAGAAGCUCAGAGUGUGCAGUGCACGACUUCUUUCCAGGCACAACAUCAAGAGGAGUGCCGAGAGCAUCAGAGGGCGUUGGGAAAGGCUCAACUCUUCAAACAACUCUUCAAACACUUCUUCAAACAACUCUUCUAACAACACCCCAAACAGUACCACGAAGAGAAAGAGGGUCGACAUCAGUAGCUCCAGCGAGGGCCUGUACCCAUUGAAGAGCCGCACGAAGCGUAGCAAGACGGAGACAAGAUUUGUUACCCAGCUGUUUGAUGCUGGAGAAGAGCGAAUUGAAGGAAUCCGAAGCUAG